CUCGCUGAAAUUUCGAACGGAGGGCAUCCUUCCCUGGACCUACUCUUCAUUACAAUUUGACGUUCGCCCACAAGUACUUUCCUAGGCGAUCAACUCGGAAUACUAUACGAACGAGCUAGCCAUACGUUGCAGUGCUCGUCGCACUCGAGCCUUAUCCGCCUGCUCCACCAGGUGUUCUCGAAACGCCCCAAUGUCCAAGACCAACCGACCACCACAAAGCGGGCAUCUGCGAAGCCUCCUCCCAUGGCUGGUACUUCUUGCCAGCGCAGUACCAUGUCUGUCGUCCGUUGUCGAUGUGUAUGCGGACCUCUUUGCGGUCCCUCAACAUCAAGUUCGCAUCACGAAACGAGUGACAUCGCAAUCUGCUCUCGAGGACUUGGUCGCUUCGACGACGAACUUAUUCACACCGACCGGUCACCCUGCCGGUGACUGGCUGCGAAGCCCAUCAGGACAGCGGUACUUCUGUGUUCUUCCAGGGGAGCCGGAAAAGUCGAGUGAAAGGGGGAUGGAUAAGUUCCACAGCCAACCCCGGUCUGCAGAGAACCGUCUGGAGCUGGCCAACAAGGUUGCGCAGGAAGCUCUAGGGAUCAGAAAGUUCCCGGCGAGUUGUUUACUGUGGUUCAAGGACUACUGGACGUAUGAGUUCUGUCCGCAUCGACACAUCAGACAAUGGCAUCACAUGACAGAGCAGGAGGCUGCAUCAAAGACCCCUGCCCAACUGGAGGAGAUACGGAGUCAAAACUACGUUCUAGGACAGGCAGGCGGUGGGGAGAAGCCGAAAGACGGCGUUGCGGCCGAAUCUAGCGACUUGGUAGUCAUAGAGGAAGGUGCUGGCGCUAAGCACGCACAUGUCCUCCAGAGAUGGGGCGGCGGUACCAAGUGUGAUCUCAACGGCGCGGAGCGGUCUGUCAACAUUGAGUUCUACUGCAAUCCUCAUGCAUUACAUGAUCGAAUUCACGACGUCAGAGAAACUCUGACAUGCCAGUACCUCGUAACGAUCCACACUGCGAGACUUUGCACGGACCCCGUCUUCUCCCCGUUUUUCAACGAACACAACGUGAACAUAUCGCCGAUUCGUUGCCAUUCCGUGGAUGUGCCAGAUUCGCACCCAUCAGGGCAAGCAUCGGGACACGACGACACCCACAUUGUUAUGGCAGCCGAGAUGCAUGGUGUAGAUGAAGUCUCUUUGACGAAGGCGCUGAAAUGGCAGCGAGUACAGCAAGUGGCGCGAAUCUUCGCGUCUUACUCGCAAUCGAAACCGCAGCAAACCCUUGGCGGUUCACCAGACCAGUCGACGGCACAGGCGAAGGAUGCCAAGCACCGGGAAUCGAAUUUGCCGGAAGGCGUAAUAGUCGAGCGAGCAGCAGCUGGCGACAAAGUGGAUGAAGAUAGGGAGAGAGGGUUGGAAGGGAUAGGAAUGAAGCUCUCCGACGCGCUGCAAGAUCUGGUUGAUCAAAUGCAAGCGAGCUUUCAGAAUGCGAAGAAAGGGGCUGCUGGGGAGGAAGGCAAGCGUGAAGAGGGCCAAGCGCGACCUGGCCCAAAGGCGGGCAAGGUCGCGAGGAAGGACAAAAUCAAUAAGAUACUAGCGGAGAGGGUCGGCGGCGACAACGAGCAAGUCAGGAGAAAGACUGAAAAAGUGUCGGAGGCCGUGGCAAACAUCAUGAAGGAGUUCUUGGGCGGCGAGGAAAUGGAUGUAGACAUCAGUUUUCUCGAACUUGAUGAUGAGGAAGAGGAAGGCUUACUGACCAGCCUGCUCAAGCCGAAGCCUUCAAAGAAGAAAACCGCGGUUGCAGGGGACAAGGGUGGGAAGCCGGUAAAAGAUGACGGGGCGAACAAGAAGAAGAAGGCUGGCGCUAAAUGAGCGCCUAUUGACUGGGUUCCCAGGAGCCGUUGUACGAGCGCCGUUGAAACGAGCAGCGAAACGGACGGCCCGGAUGCCCACGAACAACUGUACGAGAAAAGGUCGCGGUCAGAUCACCUCGGCGUGCCUUCUUACGUCAAGCAGUGGCGAAAACGCAGUGCCUCAAUCUGUACUCUCAUCUAUCGCCUGUUACUGCUGUUCCCGACUCCAUGCGUGAACAUCACAUCGCUCAUCGUAGCACAUCGAUCGCAUUCUCCGUCACUUUGCCUUUUCCCUAUAUUUAGGUAGCAACCGUCACUAUCAUCGUGCAUCGCAGCAGGCAGUAUGUAGGCAUGGAAGGAAAUGAGGGAUGGACAUGGCAUAUGUAGCCUAGCAUGCAUUUGGAAUCAGAUUGUACUGUACAGUACAUGCAUGGUUAUAAUCUGCGUCUUCGAGAUAUUCAAAUUCAGUUGGGACGGAG